GCAUAUCACGAGGCCGUCACACACUGCAUGUGAAGUGUUGUAUCACUAGCGACGCGGUGUCCGCCAUUUUGGUUGAUAUGUACUGUUUUUAGAGGAUAUCUAUUAGCGCCAAGGCAACCUGGGUGAUGGUUGAACAAUGCUGAGACUCUGUGCACUGCUGGUGACAACCUUCAUGGCUGUCCAAGGCAACAUAGAUUGUGAGAGGGGGAAGUAUGGCGAGCACUGCAACCUAACUUGUCCACAGAACUGUGCACUUGUUCAACCAAGUAAUCUUCAGUUCUGUACUAGACACACAGGGAAGUGUUCUGAGGGAUGCCAGCGUGGUUGGCAUGGAUAUCUGUGUAAUCAAAACUGCAGCGUCAACUGUCUAAACACGACAUGUAACCAGCAAACUGGGCACUGUACACACGGCUGCAAUGGUCAAAAUAGGGGAGAUUUUUGCAACAUUACUGGAGGCUGUGGUCGUGGCUGGUAUGGCGAUCUGUGUCAACACCCCUGCAGCAUCAACUGUGUGGAGGAAAGAUGCCACCACACAACUGGAGUCUGUAUACUUAGCUGCAAUGAGACUAAUCCUGGAGACUUUUGCAACAUUACGAAAGGAUCACAAAUGGAUAUACACAACAAUGAAAAAGCAAAGAGACUGGCUGUCAUACUGGUUCCUGUGUUCCUGAUUGCCAUUAUCGCAGUCUUCGUCACAGUCAUUGUGCUCCUAAUAUGGCGAAGACGGAAUAAAAGACCGCAAGAUACGAGUGAUGCAUUCAUCAGGCAACCUCAGGCAACCAGUGGAGACACAGAUGAAGAAGGAGAUGCAGUGGAGAUGGAGCCGCUGAUAAACUCUGGCGUCAUGAGUGAAGAUAUAAUGGACAUGGAGAUGUCAAAGGCAGGAGAAGCCUUCGUCAAAACUGAAACAUACAGGCGAGUGAAGCAAACGUUGAAAGAACAUGGACAUGUGACAUUGAGUGGGUUUGCAGGUGGAGGAAAGACUGCUAUUGCUUCACAGUUAUUGAAACACUGCAAGAAGAGAGGAUUUCUGAUUGUUCAUGUAACUGAUGUUUGUAAAUUUAUGGUGCAUGAUAACUUAGUUGAAGGAAAAAGCAUGUGUUUCAUAUUUCAUGACAUAUUCAAGACGGUGGAUUUGACAAGAGACAUGUCCAAUCUUCAAAGCAGUUUGCAUCAACUCAAACAAAAGGUCAACACAUCUAUUGCAGAACAAGAUAAGAAAAUAUAUGUGAUAGUAACUGCAAAUACCUACAAUGUUAAAGUUGACAUAUCAAAGCUUGGGGAAGAAGGAGUUUAUUUCUUUACUGGUCCGUCUUUCCACGACUUCAACAAAUUGUCAUGUCAGUACACACCCGAGGAGAAGAAGCAGAUAUUUGAAAGCUGUUGUCAAGGUGUUGACAACACUCUCGAUUUGAAAAAGAUUUGUGAAUUUGAACAAUCAACGUUAGGUUUUCCUCAAACGUGUAAACUUUUUUGGGGCUGGAAACCUUUUCGAAAGUAUCGUGAAGAUUUUUUUGAGAAACCCUUUCAGUUUCUUCAACAAGAAAUGAAAACAAGUCUUGAGCAAAUGGACAAUCACUCAUCAGCACUUAUCCUCAUGUUUCUGUGCGAAGAUUCACUUAAUUUGCAGCAAGUAGAACAACCUUCUAAAAACAAAGUUUUGGAGUGUCAGUUUACAAGAAUGCAAGAUGUUGUAACCUUUUCAACACGGACAGCAGUCGCCAAUGCUGCCAGAGAGUUUGGUGGUGUUUUCUUAAUCAAAGGAGACAUCACAGGAUUUGCACACCCAACCAUCUAUGAUGCCUGUGCUUGUGCCUUAUUCAGCCUCAAUCCAUCCUUAGUCUUGGAACAUUGUCAUUUAAAGUUUCUUCGUGAGAACGUGCAGUAUGAUCAACAUCUUGACACUUCCACUGUGGACAGUUAUCGACCCAUUAUUCACGUAUCAGACGUCUACACUGACGUCAUUGCUAAAAGAUUAGAUAGGAUCAAUGACGAUUCAAUGACGAAGAUGCUACAAAAUGGAGACACUACAUCUGGUGUCAUGAGUAAAGCUUUGCUUGACAAAGAGAUGGGUAACACUGCAAAGGACUUUGUGAAAACUGACAUAUACAGGAAAGUGAAGGAGACAUUGGAGAAACACGGACAUGUGACGAUGAGUGGUGCCGCAGGUGGAGGCAAGACAGCUAUAGGGUUAACCUUGGGGAGACACUAUCAAAAGGAAGGCUUUGACAUAGUUUAUGUUGUUGAUAUUUCUAAAUUCAGCGUGGACGAUUAUGCAAUCAAUGAAACGAACAUGUGUUUCAUAUUUCACGACAUCCUUAGAACGAGAGAUAGUUCUAAUCUGAGAACCGUUUUGCAACAACUGAAGCAGCACAAACUGCAGAAUGAAAAGAAAAAGAAACUGUAUGUGAUAUUCGCUGCAAACACUUACAAUGAAAAGGAUGAAAUAUCACAGCUUGGGGAAGAAGGAGCCUUUUUCUUUAGUGGUCCGUCUUUCCUCGACUUCAACAAGUUGGCUUGUCAGUACACACGCAAGGAGAAGAAGCAGAUAUUUGCCAAUCUAUGUAAAUAUGUUCACAACGAUCUCGACGUGGAAAGGAUUUGUAGUUUCGAACAGUCUAUAUUAGGCUUUCCUCAAGCAUGCCAAUUUUUUGUUUGUUUUCCAAAUUUUCAAACCCAUCGGGAAAAGUUUUUUGAGAAACCUUUCAAUUAUUUAAAGGAAGAAAUCGUCUCAAUUCUUGACGGUGAGAAUGAUCAGUCAGCCGCACUUGCCCUGAUGUUUCUGUGUGAAGGUUCUCUGAACUUGCACCAAGUGGAACUGCCAUCUGACAACAGGGCUUUAGAGGAUCAGUUCACGACAAUAAAAGACACUGCACGUAUUACAACGCGUACAGCUGUUGCUAUGGCUAUCAGGAAGCUUCGUGGUAGCUUCUUCACAAAAGGAGAUAUAACAGGAUUUGCACAUCCUGCCAUCUAUGAUGCGUGUGCUUGUGCCUUGUAUACGAACCACAGAGCGUUCGUGCUGAAAUACUGCAGUGUCAAGUUCCUUUGUGAACAUGUGCAGACGGAUUCCACUGUUGAUGAUGAGCGUCAACCAAUGAUCUUUGUCUCAAAAGCCUAUGUUGUUGAAAUUCAAAAUCGUUUGGAAAAAAUGACUCCCCAGCAUCCUUUAUACAACACCCUUAAGAAAGUGAUCCAGGCAAAAUAGGCUGAGUGUAGCAAUGAUUACAAGCAAAGAUAUUUGAAAGUCAUUAACUAUGUUGCUAACGGUCUGAUAACUGUGAUGUUUGAAAAAUAGUGUUUCAGACUGUUAAAAAGAAAGACAUUGCCUGCCACAGAAUUAACAUGUUGCAAGGUGUUUUUCUUAAAAUAAAUUCAGGUUUAAAUUUAUCCGUUUUUAUAGCUGUAGAUUUGCGUUAAAAAGGUGUGGGUAUCCUGAAGUGCAGACUGAAACAUAUUUUCUGUCUAAAACCAAAAACCUAGCACCAACAUAAUAUUGGAGGAACGGUACAAUUAUUCGUGCUUACAUGGGACACUCUUAGUCAUACACGACCUAAUGUGACCGAAAAGGUGUACGAUACAAUAAGGUAUAAAUCAAGGAGUUUAAGAGUUGGGUAAAGUUAAGAAUUAGCAUGUAUCUAAAUACAUAAUCGAUUGAAGUCAAUAUGCAAUUCACUAUCAUAACAGGACUAUAUGUUGUAUUCUGUCACUUGUAAUCGGGGUGACGAGUUUUUAUAUUUCUGACACCACGAACAAACAUGAACGGUAAUAUCCGGGGAAUUAGAUGAAUCGGUUCUCAAAAGAGGCAUGGUCUUAUAAACGAAUUUGUAACCUGUACUGCACCAUAACAAUAUCUCAAACAUUUUAUUGUGCUUAGCUGUCAACAGACUGAGGCACGGGUGGUCCCGCGCGUCUGAGGCGCGCAAUUAGCUGUGCGAUUUUGCAAACCUUUUCCACGACAGAAACCUGUACUUACUGGUUUCUAGGUUUUAAACACCAUUAACUUGCUCGUGGGUUUCAUUUGAGACCUGCAUUAUGUAGGCGUUUCCACCCAUUUUACGCUGACACGCCGUGAUGUAACUGGAAAAAUGCUCAAAGCAGCGUUAAGCCCAACUCAGUCACUCACUCAAUAUUCAACUACCAGCAUCUAACGUAAUUGUCUGUCCUGAGUCAGACUGAUCUCUAUACAAUUAAAGAGCAAUGUCAAUGAAUGUAACCUGUUUGAUCGUUAUUCUGUAUGUACAUCUGGCUAUAUCUUAUUAUCUGUGUGUUUCUUGUUAUCAAUUACGCAUUAUUGUUAAUGUCAAUCUUCUGCUUGUCACGCCAUAUCAUGCAUAUACCCAUCAUUACUUUGCGUGAUAACUGUGUAAGAAUCUACAUGGAAACGUCACUACAUACAAUAAACCAGAAAUUGUUUUCCACAA